GUUUCUAAACGACAAAACCGGAGAGAGAGAGACACACACACACACACACACAGAUAGAUAGAGAGAAAGAGACAGGGAGUUUCGUAACUUCGGGAAGUUUUGUGGAGCCAUCGAUCAGUGGACUCUUGUUUUUUCUCUCAUGUCAGUGACACAGCGGAGCGCUGCCGAUCGUCGCCUGCGUCACUUUUUCACCGGAGUUGCCUCAAUAGAGUUUCUGAGGGAGCCUCUGCCGUUCAGCAAGGCAGCUGUGAAACUACCGUCUGCCCUCCUGGAAUAGAUCUGUACAAACCAUCUGAGAAGAGCCUGGCCUGUGCAGCCAUGCUGAUGUAUGACUACCCUCUGAAGACAGACAUGGAGACGUCAUUCUACUCUUCGUUAGUGAAAACCCCGGAGCCAUACGGAGUAAUCUUCUCCCAUCCCGCCCACCUCUACCACCCCACGCACAUGCACACCUUCACUCAGUCCCACACCCCCACCAACCCCACACACACCCAGCUGGAGCCAGUGGACCUGUCUGUCAGCAAACGUUCCUCCUCCACCUCCUCUUCCUCCUCCCCUCCCUGCUCCUCCGCCUCCUCCCCGGCCUCCUCACGCAGCUCCCCGCCUUCCCCCUACAGCUCAGCGAGUCGUGCCUCCCCGCGCUGCUCCCCCCCACACUCCCAGCUGCGCUCCUCGCCCUCCCAUGCUCUCCCGCCUCCCACUCCCUCACUUACUUACCCCACCAUGGUGGGUCCUCUGAUCGGCUCGGGAUCCGGAGUCAUCCAGGGGUCGGGGGUCAUGGUGUCUCCAGUCAUGGUGCCUCUGUCUGUCCUCUACCCCUCGCCUCUCCACCUGCAUCAGCCCAUAAUGGUGAGCCCACCUGUCGCCAGUGACGACGACCAUCAUCGAAGCAGGGAGCACAAGUCAGUUCACUGUGGCGAUGCCCACGACCUGCACAAGCCAAUCAAAACAGAGCCUCGCUCGGAGCUCGCUCAUGACCUCGACAGGAGCCACGAGAUGAAAUCAUCAGUCAUCAGGAUACCACACGAAUACGGGGGUAACAACCCAUCAGUAAUAGUCCAUUCAGGUGCAAAGCAUCCUCUCCCCGCUGAGUCUCCGGACACACUGAAAAAGCGUCGAAUUCACCGCUGUGACUUCAGUGGCUGCAACAAAGUGUACACUAAGAGCUCCCACCUCAAAGCACACCGCAGGACACACACCGGUGAGAAACCCUACAAGUGCAUGUGGGAAGGCUGCACGUGGAAGUUUGCCCGUUCAGACGAGCUGACGAGACACUUCCGCAAGCACACAGGAGUCAAACCAUUCCAGUGCCCCGACUGUGAACGCAGCUUCUCCCGCUCUGACCACCUGGCUUUGCACAAGAAACGCCACCUCCUGGUGUGAAACCAUCCACCCGGGCAGCUUGAAAGUAACUUGGUGCUGCGUUAUACAUUGGACUGUACCACUUUGACUUGAGGGGGGGACUUUAAAAGAGCUGGCCUUACACGUUGGACUUCGACAGGGAGUGGGGAAAUGUUCCUCAGGGUGCAAGUUUAGACUUUUUCACCUCAUUAGCCUGAAUAUGAGCUGGUGUCAGCCUAUUAGUCAUCUAACACCAUCUUGUUUGCAGAUAUAUCAUCAGCUCAUUUUGACAUAAUAAUAGAAAUAAGGUUGUUGCACCACACCUCUGAUCAGCUGUGGAAGGUCCAGACACUUUUUUAAGAAAGAGGCUGCAGCAUCUCAGCUGGCCUGAGAGCAGCGCCCUCCUCUGUCCACGGAACCAAACAGCAGUGACACCCGCUCAUGUGGCAUGCUCAAGCUUCUCUUUGCAACAUCAGCUCUCAUUUCUCUGCAUGCAUUCAAGUAAAGAUUAUGGACUUAAACUUACACACGUUAUUUGCUAGCUAGGCCAAUAUAAUGUGAAACUUUCCAGAAUGUAUCGUAUCACACCUACUGUGCAUCGUGUCAUACAUCAGCUUUCUCUCAUCAGCGCAGCUACCUGUGACAUAACGCUAACUCCACCUUCAUGGACCGCCACAUUUAAACACCACACACCUCAUCUGCCUCUACAAGCUUACAUCAUGAAGUGACUUUACAAAAAAAACAACACAACAGGUAGCUAAUGCUUGCUUUUUAAUGUACAUAUAUGCACACGUUUAACGGCACACACAGCAAGAAAACAUGCACUUAAAAAAGCAGCCUCGGUCUGGUGUGCUUUUGGUAUUUGGGUUGAAAACAAAGUGGGGACUGUGGGUCUCGAUCAUUGUUGGAGUGAAGUGUUUUUUAUGUUUUCAUUCAGAAAUGUGAAAGUUGCUGCAUAGGGGCAUUAUUGUGUCAGUGAGGAAAAGACACCACUCGGUUGGUUUAAGGGUUGAAGCAAUGAAAUGUCUCAUGUCUUAUAUCAAGUUUAUGUAUCUAUAUGAACUAAUGGCUGGUUUGUGAUGUGACACCAUGGUAGCCUUUUUUAUUGUAUGACACUUUUAUAUGGGACAAAUACAAAGUGCAAAGCAGGGACAUUUGCUCUUUGAUUUUUGUUUAUUAGGAGCAGAUGGGUUUUUAUUCCAGCCCGCUACAUAGGAUAUAUCAUAUAAACGAAAGUAACAUUUAAUUCAAUAGUUUUCUAAAUCGAAGGUCAUAAGAUAUAUUCUUCUACUACACCAUCAAAUUUUUCACACCAUCACAACUUUAGAGCACAAGUUUGUUUUUACAGCUUCUGGAGAACAAAGUAGUUUUGUUUAUAGUGUCUUUGUACAUGCCUCCAAUGUGCAC